AUGGACAACUACCGGAAGGUGUCCAAGAUCGGCGAAGGGACGUAUGGAGUCGUGUACAAGGCCGUCGACUUGAACACUAACCGCACCGUCGCGCUCAAGAAGAUCCGCUUGGAGUCGGAAGACGAAGGUGUGCCAAGCACGGCAAUGCGUGAAAUCGCGCUGCUCAAGGGAUUGGCCCACCCCAACGUUGUGCAUUUGUACAACGUCGUGCAUCAAGCCGACAAACUGUAUCUGGUCUUCGAAUUCCUCGACCACGAUCUCAAGCAUUUUAUGGAUCUUCACGGCACGACGCUUGUCCCGUUUGUGCUCAAGCGAUACGUGCAGCAAAUGCUAUUGGGCAUUGCGUACUGUCACUCGAACCGUGUCUUGCACAGGGAUCUGAAGCCCCAGAAUUUACUUCUUGACCUUCAAGGAAACUUAAAGCUGGCGGACUUUGGCCUCGCGCGCGCGUUUGGCAUUCCCAUGCGCAACUACACGCACGAAGUGGUCACGUUGUGGUAUCGCGCGCCCGAGAUCCUCCUCGGAGGAUCGCAUUAUUCAACCGCGAUCGACAUCUGGAGUGUCGGGUGCAUCUUUGCCGAGAUGUUCAACCGAAAGCCGUUGUUCCCAGGCGAUUCGGAAAUCGACGAAUUGUUCCGCAUUUUUCGCGUGUUGGGCACCCCCGAUGAUCACAUGUGGCCUGGCGUGAGCUCGUUGCCCGACUUCAAGACGUCUUUUCCAAAGUGGCAGCCGCAACCAUGGCACGAUGUUGUACCGUCGCUGGAUGCGUGCGGAGUCGACUUGCUCAUGAGGAUGCUAGUCUACGAACCUCGGCAACGCAUCUCGGCCAAGCAAGCGCUGAGCCACCCCUGGUUCGACGAACUCAAUCCGCAGUGCCAACAACCGCAGCACUUGUAUCCACACCACCAAGGCGGUGGCAUGAUGGCGCCUCCAUAUUAG